AUGUCUUCACCACCCCCGACGACGCCGAACCCGCUCAACCCGCGGAAGCGGGGAUCCAUCUCGUCCACAGUCUCUGCAGCCGCAACAAAACGGCCGCGCAUGCAUCCUUUGCGCCAGACGUCGUUUCCCACGGGGAUGGAACCGGGGAGCAGUCGCGCCGCAAGCGAUGCUGGAAGCGUAACGGGCAGUUUCACAGGCAGUCUGGGUGGAACCAGCACAGCAGCUGAUGGACAGAAGAAGCGAGGACGAAAGAAGAAAUCCGAUAGAGAUCGUGACGAUGUCUCGCGGGUAGCAGGUGAUGGUCGAAGUACCAGAGUUGGUUCUUUGGAUCCGGAUACAAUGUCUGUGCGAGAUGGGGCGGGAGCGGGAGCGGGAGGAGCUGGUGGUGGUGCCGAUGAAGCUGGUGAUGAUGAGGAAGAGCAGGAUGUGGAAGGGGAGCUUAUCGGUGGGACGGAGGGGUUUCUUGACCUUGCAACGGAGAAGAAGAAUCUCGCAGUUUUGACCAAUUCUUUCACGCCGCUUCAAGCUGACCGGUACGAGAAAUGGAAUCGAACGAGACUACGAAAGGAGACGCUCAGGCGAAUUGUCAACCAUGCUCUCUCGCAAUCUGUACCCCAAAGUGUUGUCACAGUCAUAAACGGAUUUACCAAGGUUUUCAUUGGUGAGCUUAUUGAAAAAGCACGAACGGUACAAGAAGAAUGGGCAGAGGCAUUCGAUUCCGUUGCAAGGGAAACAUGGGAACGCGAACAAGCCGAGAUCGAAGCAGCAGCAGCCGCCAAAGUAGAAGCAGAGAAUAAAGCCAAGGCUGAGGCCGAAGCUGAAAAGACUGAAUCGAAGCUAAAAUCAGAAUCAAAGGAGGAAGACCGGCAACCCAAUGGCACCGCCACCACACGCGACUCACAAUCUUCUACCCCGUCGCGCGAUAUUCCUGCGAUGCUCUCGCCAGCCAAGGCACCAGCUGAUCACCAGUCGCCAUAUGCAUCGACAACCAGCACAGGGCAACAGGUCAACGGAAUCUCUACGUCUACCGUAGUUUCAAGGCGCGAAUUCGUGCCCCCUGUGAACCCUCACCGUGCACAACUUCUCCCCGACCACAUCCGCGAAGCCCUUCGGCGCUACAGGCGUAAUGGUGAGGGUGGUGGGACAGGUAUGUCUGGUUUGAGUCAGCCGAAUGUGGGCGUCAGAGGCGCGUUUACAUGGCAGAUUGGACCUACAAGACAGCGCUUGUUUCGAUAA